AUGAGUGAUGGUGGUGGAGAGAACCAUUUGACCCCGAAAUACACCCCAUGUCGACCACCAUGGGUUGGUCUUUUCGAUAAGCGAAAAGGUCGAGAAAAUUGGUGGACAGAACUCAAUUACGAGGAAGACGCAGUUCGUAAAAAUAAAUUCCGAAUUUUUCGGCCGCGAUUUUCGGAAGAAGAUCCAGAUUGGUGGGAUCCAAAAGUGCCAGAUGGAAAAUCGAUUUCUGGGCCAUAUGGACUUGAUUCUAGUAAGCAUCCUAAUUUGACAAUUAAAGGUGAUCAAGUUGGCUCGCUCAAAGAUUUUCAAGAGAAAGUUUAUAAAUCGUCUGCUCAGUUUAAAGCGAUUGCCGAAAAAUGGGAUUUGAGUCCUGAACAUCCCGGAUUCGAUAUCAAUCCGAUAUUAAAUAGUGCAGUUUAUACACCAAAGGUUUUAUUUUUAAUUAUUCAUUUCAGGGUUGCACCAAGAUGGCAUCAAUAUGGGCCACGUUUUUUUGAGAAGCCACUUAACGAGGGAACAUUUAUGAAAGGUCUUGCAUGUGCUAAAUAUGCAGCGAUUGGUAUGAUACCUAUGACGAUGAUGGAAAUCCGUUCAUUUGGUUCAGUUCCUGUUAAAAAACUGAAUUUUAAAACGUAUCUGAAGCGAUAUUUUCAGCUAUCUGUGAUACCUCUAACUCUUGCUUUUACAUGGGGUACGAGCCUUAGUAUUGCUGCGGCUAUUCGAAAUCGUGAUGAUACAGUAAAUCAUCUUUAUUCAUCUGCAGCUGUUGGCGCUACUCUUGGUGCAAUAAAAAACAGCAGUACUAUUGGCUUCACUGCGGCGAUUUUAACACUUAUAGCAGGUGUUUUGUGGCAUUAUAGCCGCUUAGGUAUUUUCGGUUUACAAGGUCCAGUAUUGCAUCAGUACGAAAGCAACUAUUGGUCAGGACCGCUUACUUGGAAAUUAUUUUCGAGGGGCGAUGCUGAGGUGCCGUCGAUUCAAUAUUAA